AUGCUCCUCUAUUGUCUGCACUCCGGUGGCGCUGGCCCUUCCAGCCCCUCCAAAGCAGAAGCACACUUGCGAGCACACCAAAGACAUACCAAACGGAUAGAGAAGGAUAGUAAGGAUGCCAAGGCCUACAACGGCCUGUGCAAUCCUGCUGCCCCUUUUCCUGUUCCUGUCAUUGUCACUUUUGGCUUGCCAGGAGUACUGAACGCGAGCAACGAUGUCACUGUAGCCGUACAGGGACUCAAGCAGCACAUCAAGACUUCAUGUGGCACGACUAUCUUAUUUUCCAAAGCAGGCUCUGCCAUUGUCGGUCUCUAUGUUAGCGCGGACAUGGGAUCUGCUGCUUCCAUAGCUAUACUCGAGCGAUUCGAGAAGGCGACCAGCCAGGGUACUCAGGUCAUGCAAGUCUGCGACAUUAACCCAAUGAGCCCCUACACCUUUGGUGUCUUUGCUGUGGACAAGCUCAGUGACUUUGAACUUGUGCGAAAGAACGUCAAGACAUGGGCUGGUGGCUACUGCGCAGCCAUGCCCCUCACCAGACCAAAGGAUGCAGAGAUGAAGGUCAACAUCCCAGGGGGUGAUCUCUUCAUGGGCUUGUCCAAUGGUACAUCGGUGGCUCAAACGGGUUUGUCCAGCGAUCUUGAAGCCCGCGCCGAAUGCAAGACCACCAAAGUCAUCCAUGACGAUGACUGCACCAAGCUUAGUGUUAGGUGCGGCACCCGAGGCAGUGACUUUAUCAAGUUCAACCCGGGAAAGAAGAACUUCUGCGAUAACCUUAAAGCUGGCCAGGUAGUCUGCUGCAGUUCUGGAACAUUGCCCACUAACAAACUGGAACCCGGUUCAGACGGCACCUGUGCCACGCACAUAAUCAGCUCCGGUGACACUUGCUAUGACGUGGGGAUUCCAUUUGGCCUCGAUGAAGACGACAUCGCAAGCUUCAACAAGGCCAGCUGGGGUUGGGCAGGCUGUGGUAGGCUUCAGCUCGGCCAGGUCAUAUGUUUAAGCAAGGCCAACACACCCAUGCCAGCCACUCAUGAAGGCAUCGCCUGUGGACCACAGAAGCCCGGCACCAAGAAACCAUCAGGCUCCUUUGGUGGAUGGGAUCUUGCCAAGCUUAAACAAUGUCCUCUCAAGUCUUGUUGCAGUGGAUGGGGAUACUGUGGCACUACGACCGAGUUCUGUACCGAGUCGCCUGCAGACACCAAGGCACCAGGAGCCUUCAAGGGCAACACCAACGGAUGCAUCUCCAACUGCGGUACUGACAUUGUGAACAACAAGUCACCUCCCAAGGAGUUCAAGCGCACCGGCUACUUCCAGGCCUACAACCCUGGCCGUCCAUGUAUGCAUAUGGAUGCUUCCGAGAUUGCUAAGAACUUCAAGGAGUUGACUCAUGUUCAUUUCGCCUUUGCUGGUAUAACUGCUGAUUAUGAUGUCAACAUCCCAUAG